AUGGAGGGUCAUGUGGGAGUCACGGUGCUAGAGUUCAUCGUCAGGCUGCGCGAGCCCCUUCGUAGCCGCCUGCGGCUUCCUCAUCCCUUCGCCAGAGUAAUGGAGGUUGAUCAGCCGCUCGGGUUGAGGCUGCACAUGAGUGGCUGCUGCAACGACACCAUGUGGGUGGACAUUGAGUACCCUAGACCUCAUGUCAUGCUUCUCCGGCGUGGUUGGAAGACUUUUGCUAGUGCCCACAAGCUCGUGGAAGGGCACGUUCUUUGCUUCAAGCAGGUGGAGGCUGAUCCGCUCUCCAUCGAGGUCUUCGGGCAUUCAGGUGCUCGUUUAGGGUGCUGCGCAGAAAGCUCGAGCGAUGGUGAAAGCUCCUCCUUGAGCAAUAGCGACGAUAAGGACACUGACGGUGAAGACAGCGGCGAGGAGCCCCCGGUCGUCAAGCAUGAAGACGAUGACUCGGACUCUUGCUGA